AUGUCCCUUCGACUGCUCUCCCGAGCGGCCCGGCCCUCGACCUCUCGCAUCGCUCUCCGACCAUUCUCCACCACCUUCCGCCGAUCUGAUGUCCUUUCCGACCUUGACAAGCAAAUCAACCCAAGAGAAAUUAUCGAGCAAAAGAAGAAGCUCAUGGAGGAAAAGUAUGCUCAAAAGUUGAAAGAAAGGGCGGAGCAGGAAGGCGUACAGGGCUUUGAGGAGCUGAAGCAGAAAAUCAUUCAGCCAAAGCUUGAUGCCGAGAAGGCGGCGAGAGAUGCCAAAGAUGCGGAGCGCGAACAAGCCAGAUUGGCUGCCACUGAGAAGGUGGAAGACCCCGUGAGCGAGAGGGUGCAAGCCGAAAGAAAGAAGAAGGAGGCCAAAUCGCAAGGACAGAAAGACAGAACUGGUGUCAAGCCGCUCGCAGACAUCAUCAACCUCCCCCUCAUCCACCUAACACCCCACGACACCAAGGCCAUCUCCCAAAUCUGGAAUGCCUUCCACACCUCCCACCCAACUCUCUCCAACGCCUUCCUCUCUGCCUCUUUGCCAUCCGAAACAUAUACCUCCAUGCUGAAUGUGGCCAAGGAGAACCCCUUCUUCGUGUUGCCCCUUCCUCGUCUGUCUGCGGCUCCCGUGGAGAACGCGGACCAGCCCGAGAUCAAAACGGACGAGUACGAGAUGUUCUAUCUCCAGUGGCUCUUCCACCCCACCCCUACCGCCGGCUCCCCUGCCUCCGCCGACACCAACCCCAAGGCUCUGCCCUUCACGACAUCCAUCAUUUUCACCCCUCUUGAAGAAUUCAAACGUUCCGGCGAAUGGGCGCAGCCCUACUUGGUGCUCACUCACUAUCCCGAGCUCUCCCAGACGCAUGAUGUCGUCCUCAUGCGAGGCGAGAUCUCCCCUGCCUCUGCCGGUGGCCCUGACGGCAGCUUGUUGAACCCGGGCUUCUUGCUCUCGCAACAACAAGCUCAGCUUUUGGCUCUGGCUUUGCAGAGGUUCUACUGUACGGACAUUGCGCUUCCGGGAGAGAGCGAGCAGAUGAUGGUGGAGAGGGCGAGCAGGAAGGAAGCUCUCAGGGGUUUCAGGGAGAGGCCUGAGGAAUGGGAUUGGGCUGGGUUGGUGGAGAAGUCUUAUGGAGGAUUGGUAUAG